GUUUCGACAGUGCGACAGCGCUCCCUCCUCGACAAAAUAACUGUUGUCUUCUCAGUCUACAACAACAUGGAAGCCACCAAAGAAGCCUUCGCAGAAUGCAAGGCCAAAGGUCGUGAUGCUUUGGUCACAUACGGGACAGCUAGUUAUCCAACGAUUAGCGAAAUACCAGACAUCAUCCUAUCCAUGCAGGCCGGAGGUGCAGAUAUCAUCGAACUUGGGAUUCCUUUCACAGGCCCCGUGACUGAAGGCCCAACCAUCCAGCAGGCCAAUACCAAGGCCCUCGAGAACGGCGUGCAAAUUUCACACAUCUUACAGAUGGUCAGGUCAUCCCGUAAGCAAGGUCUGGCUGUCCCCGUGCUGCUGGUAGUGUACUACAGCCAUGUUCGUACCUAUGCCUACGGAGAACAGAAGCUACUUCGAGACUGCAAGGCCGCCGGUGUGGACGGGCUUCUCAUUGCUGAUAUUCCCCCCGAGGAUACGGUGUGGUUCUAUGAUCUAUAUAAAUCAAAAGGGUUAUCGUACAUUCCUCUUGCUACCUCUUCCGCCCCGAGCGCUCACCUGAAGAUGCUUUGCAGCAUCGCCGACUCAUUUGUUUGUAUUCCAGCUUGGAUGGGAGCUAGCGGAACCCAUGAAAAGCCAUAUGAAUGUGUCGGAGACCUACUCCGUCGUGUGCAUGCUUGCAUUGAGAACUCAGCCCCAGUAGCUGUCGAGUUCGGUAUCAACGCCCGAGAAAACUUUGUUAAUAUUGCUUGUCUCGCUGAAGCAGUCGUCAUUGGCAGCCCAAUCAUCUCCAUACUGGGAAAUGCGGCUCCUGGAACUGGUGCUCAGAAGGUCAAGGAGUAUUGUCUUCAGAUUGCUGGACGCACUGAGGAUCAAAUUCUUAUUCCAGAAAGGAAAAAUCAGACCACCCAAGCCUUGUCCUCCACUACUAUCUACCGUUCCUAUGAUGGAGCAGGUGAUACACCCGAAGAAACCGACAAUGCCACCAGCCACAGAUACACAAACACCCACCUGAGAACCUUCAGCGACCAAUAUGUCCCAGGAUCCCUAGUCGAAGGCAUCACCGAGCUGGAGAACGGCUUUGAGGCAGCAAAUGUAGACCCAACCUUCUGGGCUGAAAUCAACUCCUACGCAGCAUAUGCCAACCGAUCCUCCUCCCUCCACCUAGCCCCGCGCCUAACAGAAUACACAGGUGGAGCACGCAUUUGGCUGAAACGUGAAGAUCUCAACCACACUGGCAGUCACAAGGUCAACAACGCCCUGGGCCAAAUAGUUCUCGCCCGACGACUCGGCAAAACCUCCAUAAUCGCCGAAACAGGCGCUGGCCAGCACGGUAUCGCAACAGCAACUAUUUGCGCUCAAUUCGGCAUGAAAUGCACCAUUUUUAUGGGCUCCGAGGACUUUGAAAGCCAGCCUUUGGCUGUCCUGCGCAUGCGCAUUCUCGGUGCGGUGGCUAUCCCUGUUGACGCCGCGGGUGGUGGCAAGAAGGGUACCCUUCGAGACGCAGUCAACGAGGCCUUCCGUACCUGGGCGAGAGAGCUGAAGACGACACAUUUUGUUAUCGGCUCGGCGUUUGGCCCGCAUCCGUAUCCGACUAUCGUGCGCAAGUUUCAGACUAUCAUCGGUGCGGAGACUCGAGUUCAGUUCGGCGCGAUGAAUUCUGGUAGACUGCCUGAUGCGAUUGUUGCUUGUGUUGGGGGCGGGUCAAAUGCCGUCGGUAUGUUUUAUCCCUUCUUGGAUGAUUCCUCGGUUGCUCUUGUUGGCGUCGAGGCAGCUGGUGAUGGGUCUCUGUUGGAGCAGCACCCUGCUUUGCCGACUCUUACCUCUGUUGGUGUAUUUCCAGGGUUGCGCAAACUUUUGCCUCAGGAUGAGGACGAGGAGAUUCGUCAGACACAUUUUGUCUCUGCUGGACUUGAGUAUCCUGGUCUUGGACCCGAGUUGUCGAGUUGGAAAGAGUCUGGUCGGGCUACUUUUAUCGCGGCAAAUGACACGGAAGUCCUGAUGGCUUUUUCGUUGCUCUGUCGGCUUGAAGGAAUUAUGCCUGCACUUGAGAGCUCGCAUGCUGUUACUGGAGCUGUGCGUGUUGCGGGGGAGUUGGGGCCUGGACGGGAUGUUGUUGUUUGUCUUAGUGGGCGGGGUGAUAAGGAUGUGCAGACUGUUGCUCAGGUUUUGUCUACUCUCGGAGUUGAUGAUGUCUAA